GAUCAUUAUACUUUCUUUUGAUAUAUAGGCAUGUAAAGUUGAAGAUCUGGGCAAAGUAGAUUUUGAAGAUGAAAUUAAGAAAAGAUUUAAAAUGGUAUAUGUGCCAAAUUGGUUCUCAGUAGACCUAAAAACAGGGAUGUUAACUAUUACUUUGGACGAAAGUGACUGUUUUGCUGCCUGGGUUUCUGCAAAAGAUGCUGGUUUCAGCAGCCCUGAUGGGUCAGAUCCAAAAUUGAAUUUAGGAGGACUUUUACUCCAAGCACUCUUGGAAUAUUGGCCUAGAACACAUGUGAAUCCAAUGGAUGAAGAGGAAAAUGAAGUAAACCAUGGUUAGUUUUUAUAUUCAGAUAGUUGCAUAAAAAGUUAAAGGUACUUAAAAGGUA